AUGGCUGCUGCCACGUUCUGUAACCUCACACCUCCUUCUCUUUUCCUUAACAACCAACUUACCUACUUCAAUAGGUGUCAUUUAGUUUCCAAAAGGCCAAAGUGUAGUACUAGUAUUCAAAAAGUCUUACAUAGGAGAUUUCAACUUCAAACAAGACAACACUACUACUUACAUGUGUAUUGUGCAGGAGAAGCGGAAUUGUCCUCUUCUUCUUCUAGCUUUGAAGAUGUUGGUCAGGAGGAUAUUUCAAUGGAAACAUUGAUUUGGAGGGCUAUCAAGUUGCCCAUUUACUCUGUUGCUUUGGUCCCUCUCACUGUAGGAAGUGCAGCAGCUUAUUUACAGACUGGAAUCUUCUCAGCUAAAUGCUAUUUUCUUCUCUUGGCUUCUUCAGUUCUUGUUAUUACCUGGCUCAACUUAAGCAACGAUGUUUAUGAUUUUGACACUGGAGUUGACAAGAACAAAAAGGAAUCAGUUGUGAACUUGGUCGGAAGCCGUACAGGAAUCUUUGUUGUUGCUUACUUAUGCCUUGCUCUCGGCUUCGUUGGCCUGACUUGGGCCGCUGUUGAGGCAGGAAACGUGCGUUCAAUCUUGUUUCUUACUUGUGCAAUUAUUUGUGGCUACAUAUAUCAGUGUCCGCCAUUUCGGUUAAGCUAUCAGGGACUGGGAGAGCCAUUGUGUUUUGCAGCAUUUGGUCCUUUUGCCACUACUGCUUUUUAUUUAGUACAAGGCAGUGCAAGUAGCGUGACGAACCGUUUCCCACUGAGUGGAACAGUUUUUUCAGCAUCAAUCCUUGUUGGCUUCACAACAUCUCUUAUCCUUUUUUGCAGUCAUUUCCAUCAGGUUGAUGGAGACAAAGAAGUCGGAAAAUUAUCGCCUUUGGUUAGACUUGGUACUGAAAGAGGUGCAGAGGUAGUGAAAGUGGCAAUCUUUAUGCUCUAUGCUCUUUUGGUUGCUUUUGGUCUAAGCAAAACACUUCCUCUCACUUGUAUUUUCCUUUGUGCAUUGACAUUACCGGUCGGAAACCUGGUAGUUAGAUUUGUCCAAGACAAUCACAAGGACAAAAACAAGAUUUUCAUGGCCAAGUACUUUUGUGUGAGAUUGCAUGCUUUGUUUGGUACUGCACUGGCUUUUGGAUUGGUAUUGGCUAGAAUGGUUAAUAACAAGAUAAUACUCAGAUGA